UCUCAGUGAUAUCAAGUAAUCUAGACAUGAAGUUUGAAUUGAUAAUUAUUUAGAUCUUUCGUUGCUGAGAGAGAGGAAGUUUAGAAAUAUUGAGGUGUUAAUAAGUUAAAUCGUUACUCAGGGAGAACUUGCUCAGAUACAACGAGUUGCCAGUGUGUUUUAAGUGUGGUCAAGUGGUAACCAAUGAGGUUGGGAUGGCGCAGCAGACCCAGACCCCCACCAAACCCUCUACCUCCAUUCCUGAUGCCGAGAAACAGAAACUGAUACAACAACAACUGGUGCUGCUUCUCCAUGCAUACAAGUGUCAAGGGUGGGAGAGCCGGGAAAACGGUGAGACAUGGCAGUGUACACUGCCACAUUGCAUGACGAUGAGGAAUUUGCUCAACCAUAUGACGACAUGUCAUGCUGGCAAUUUCUGUUCUGUGCCUCAAUGCCCGUCUUCUCGUCAAAUAAUCUCGCAUUGGAGACACUGCAUGAGGUCUGAUUGUCCUGUCUGCAUGCCGCUCAAGAAUCGGAGUAAUCCUAAUGUGGUUUCCUAUCAAGGAGCAACAGCUCAGCCUAACCAGUCUCCCUUGGACAUGCAACGUGCAUAUGAUUUUCGUAGCAUCCUAUGUCCACCCGCCUUCCAGCUGGUAGAACCUGGACCUGCUCGAGUGAGGUCAAAGAUGCCGGUACCUACCCAGGGACCUCCAGAUAGUAUUCUAAUUUCUCAACAACUCGGUCGUCGAGAGGUAAGUAACGAGGGUGGGAUGGCGCAGCAGACCCAAACCCCCACCAAACCCUCUUCCUCCAUUCCUGAUGCCAAGACACAGAAACUGAUACAACAACAACUGGCACUGAUUCUCCAUGCAUACAAGUGUCAAGGGUGGGAGAGCCAGGCAAACGGUGAGGCAUGGCAGUGUACGCUGCCGCAUUGCAUGACGAUGAAAAAUGUGCUCAACCACAUGACGACAUGUCAGGCUGGCAAGUCCUGCUCCGUGCCUCACUGCUCAUCUUCUCGCCAAAUAAUCUCACAUUGGAAACAUUGCACGAGGUCUGAUUGUCCUGUUUGCCUGCCGCUCAAGCAAGCCGACAAGAAUCUGAGUAAUCCUAAUGUGGUUUCCAAUCAAGGAGCAACAGCUCAGCCUAACCAGUCUCCCUUGGACAUGCGACGCCCGUAUGAUGUUCUUGAGAUCCAGAGUCCACCCACCACCAGCCAGCUGGUAGAACCUGGAGCUGCUCGAGUGAGGUCAAGGAUGUCGGUACCUACCCAGGGACCCCCAGAUAGUAUUCUGAUUUCCCAACAACUCGGUGGUGUUGUGGGGUCACAAGCAUCAGUAGUGGCUCCUGACGUGUCUCUAGACUCUCCCGUACCCACCGCCGCAGCUCAGACUGCUGCCAACACGCAGAACACUCUCUUUGGCCUUACCUCCAACUCUGAUUCUCCAACAUCUAAUCUGGGACCUGUAGACAACCAAUUGGCUAAUCCUCAGUUGCCUAUGGAAUUACUUUCAGAACAGAUAACUGCAACACCGGUCCAAGGAACCAAGGAGUGGCACCAGUCUGUCAUUACAGCUAUCAGGAACCACUUGGUCCACAAACUAGUGGAGGCAAUCUUUCACUCACCAGAUCCCAAUGCCUUGCGAGAACAGGGCAUGCAUAAUUUGGUAGCUUAUGCACGUAAAAUCGAAGGAGAUAUGUACAAGAUGGCUAACUCAAAAUCGGAGUACUAUCAUUUGCUGGCCAAAAAAAUUUACAAGAUUCAAAAGGAACCUGGAUUAGCGACAACAGAGGAAAGAGUUGCUGAUGAAGAAGCAAGAGCAACUACAGCAGCGAGUCCAAACUCAACUACAACAACAACAGGCACAGCCUCAGCCUCCUCAACAACAACAACAGCAGCAGCAACAGCAGAUGAGGCCAACCACAGGCUCGAAUGUGACGGGACCUGUAACCUUAUGGAUGCUGGGCAGUCACCUGGGCACAGGAUGGAUGCAGUUCAACAGUAGUCAGCCGCAACCCACUUCGCAAGCACAACCCACCACGCCUAACUCCCAUAUGGUGGUCGGGUCUCCAGGGUCUAGCCUCACUACCCAGGCCUCGCACCCCCCACUACCGUCCCUGUCUCUUCUAUUGAAUAAUAGAAACUCAAUUGAGAAUAGCACUAAGAAGUGCUUGAAUUUUCCUGACAAUUUAUUUGAUUUAAGUAAAGCUAUGUACGAAAAUAGUUCAGUUAAUAAUUUAACUGUUUUAAAAAGAUUGUGUGAUUUUCUUACAUACUAUUUAAAAUGAAAUUAACGUGUGUUUAUUGUCAAUUAUGGUUCCUAUGUGUGCUAUUUAUAGCUUUUGAAGUUGAGGUCUUGGAAUAAACUUAGUGGAUAAAUUUAAAUAUAUUUUUAGUAAUCUAGACUCGUUUUAAACUGAAAAAGCAAUACAAAAGACUUUCAUAAAAAUAGUUUGUAAGUGAUUUUAAUUUUAACCCCAGCCAUUCUUUCUAUGGACUUGCCAAAAAAGUCCAGGGUGAUAACGUACGCUAGUGCAGAAUUGAGGAAAAAUACAUCUAUUAUUUUUUAAGAUAAUUUUAAGAUUUUUUAUUGUUGACAAAUAAAUAAUUUUAGAUGCAGUAGUUAAAACAGUACUUUUACAUUUCAUUUUUUAUGUAUAUACACAUACAAAAAUUUAAUUUAAUUUUGAGUUUGGACAUAUGUGAAGGCUAGAAAAAAGUGUUUAGCCCCUUUUUGUUGUACACAUAUUUCUUACUACACACAAAAAGCUUGUAGAACUUGCCUUGAUAAAUGCAGGAGAUAUAUGCAAUUCAUUGCUGCAUAAGCACUUCUUAACAUAUUUUCACAAAUAGAUAUCAGUAACAAUGUACAGAUAUGUAUACUUGUGUUAUUUUUCAAAGAGGUAAAAUUAUGAUAUUUACAUUUUAUAUAAACAACGUUUUUGUGUGAUCUAACAUUUGUGUUACCCAAAACAAACACCAUGGACACCUUUCUUACAUUGUACACAAACAGUUCUUGAUUUUUUUUUUAUUCCCUCCCAAAGCCACACUAAUUCUGCUGCAAACAGAACAGUUUCUUUAGCGUUUAUUUGUAAGUGUUUCUAAUCCGAAAUCUUUUUCCUGAUUUGUGAUACCGUUAUCUCCUCUAACCAUAGCAUCGCACCGAUUCUUUGUAUCCAACCACUGCUGGGGCUAACUCAUCUAUGAUUUCUGUGGUGAACUGGUACCUUGUAAGUUGCCUACCAGAGCAGUUCUCUUUGUAUAUAAUAUAAGCAUUGAAAAUCAUUGUUGCAAAGAUAUUCAAGACAGCCUUCUUCCAGUAUUUUACUGUGUGGUGCUCAUCUAGGUAACAGUAAAGCGAUUGGUCAGAUGAAUCAAGCCUUCCCAUAUACAUGUUGUAACUAUUUAUUAUUUCAGGUUUACUAAUUACAAUGUCAGUGUUUACUUUUUCAACUGACUUAGCAGUUCCCUUUGUUGAAAGUAAAAUGACAGGUUUUUUCUGGCUCUUCUUUUCAUGAUAAGCAAAGCAGCAAUAUGCUGUCACUCCUCAUGUUUUUCCUCUACCUGCAAUUGCUGCUUUAUUGGUUCUAGAAGCCCCUUCGUAUUCUUCCUAACAGUUCCAGUCAAGAAUGUACUUUUGCUUUAUAAGGUUAACAAACAAAUUAUCGACAAGAAGAUGGUAUCCCUUGUUCAAAUAACUUCCAGUGUUCAAUAAAUUGAUUACAACUUUGCUUAACGCCAUGUUCUGUCCUACCAUCUGUGUCUGAUGUUCCUUUGUAGCAAUCAAAUGCAAGGCAAUACUUGGUCACUGAGCAUCCAUAAUUUUAUACCCCACUUGUGGCGAUGCUUAUUGGGUAGGUAUUGCAACAUUUGUGUGUGAUAUUUUGUGCCAAUCAGUCUUUUGCCAAUUGAAAGUUCUCUACGGAUGGUAUGAUAGGUCUGAAAUAAUCUAUUGGCAUGUUCCAUUACAGAAAGAAAUUUUCCACAUGGGUCAUAAUUGGGUUCACUAGGUUUUGGAAGUGUGCUAUUAUCUGCAACAUGAAAAAAACUUAAGCAACAUCUCAAAACGAUUCAUGUUGAACAUAUCACAAAACCAAGGAGUGUUUUGGGAUAAAUUGGUAUUCCAGUAGCUACGAA